AGGGAGGGAUGGUGGUUAGUGACGUCACGGCUACAUGUACAGUGGCUGAAUAUAUGAGAGAUGCCUGUCUCACUCCCGGCAAAUUGUCACAAGACGUAGGACGCUUUCCUCUCACUGCAGCAAAAAUGACGACGAUGGUGCCUCACGUGAUGCUUGUUCUUUUCCUGGUUUGCGGGGCGGGUCUCGCCCAAGGCAAUCCUGUGCUUGCCAAUCCUUACAUCAUUCAAUUUCUUCCUCUGCAGGAUCGCUGUCUAUUCAUCUGCAACAUUUGUUUCGACAAACAAAUUCCAUUGAUGGGGGUUUGUGCCAACACCGUUUGUCCGAAAAUCAGUAAAAGCUUCUUUGAAGUCAAUCAGUGGAUCUCAAAACGGUGUCAAAACUACGAAAGUCUGCAAGCCGCCUUCUUUCCUCAAGACACACAGGUUCAGCUUUAGACCAACGAGAACGAGGCUUUGCCAGAAUGAGGCUGUGUAUUUCCCGAUUGAUCUCACCUUCUCAUUACAUAAAAAACCCGUUUUCCUUAAAGGAAAUCUUAGUGCAUUACUAUACGAAAAGUCUUAAAACAAUGUACCCCAAUAGUCCGGAAACCGCGCUUCCGAGGAACUCAAUAACAUUUCAGUGGCUUUUCCCUUCUCAUUAAUCCGGAGAGGGAAACCAAAGUGAUCGAUGAACAAAGUUCUUCAGUAUAUUUAGAACUUUAAUUUUAGUUAAAUGUGUAGAAAAAUGGAUACCCGUUGUAAUGGUAAAUGGCGUUUUGUGGAAAACACAAGACAUACAGUUUUUCACAAUCUUAUUUGUUGGAGGAUUGGUGAUAAAUAAGAAAUUGUCAGACAAAUCAGACAAAGAUUAUUAUUCGAUUACAUUUAUACAUCAAUGAACUGAUUUGUUCUAAAGGUAUGAAUUGUUGCCGAACAAAUUAUUCGGCUAUGUAAACGAUAUAAAGAGUAGAAGCGCGAGCUCAAAUAUGACAAUAAAAUCCAACUCGAACAAUACUUAACUUAUUAAGAGCUUCACAAAUGGAGGCGUUGUUUCAUUUGGCAAUUUGUAUGUUUAUAUGAAAUAGAAAAUGUACGGGUUUAAGUUGAUCAAUUUUCGUGUACGAAAUAUAUGCUACGUCACGUGUAUUUCCUUUCAAAAAGGCUUCAUACUAAUAAACAUUAUGUUUUGAAUGGGAAUGUGAACUUUGGUGAUUAAUUAAAGAUUUAUUUGCAAGGUCAAUAGAACACGUAAAAAUGGUUUGUU